GCAGCCGCGCGGCAGGCUUAACCCUUUGGACACCCAGCUGUCACGGCCGGGCCUGGGGCGCGGCGGAUGGGCCGGGCCUCGCGACGCGGGACUUCUCCGUGGGCGCCGGCGGACAGGCGCCCGAGCCCAGAUCUGCGGCGCAGGGGCGGCGCGGGGAGCCAGUGCGAGGGGCCGAAGGACUGACCCGCGGCGCGGCGCGGGCUGCAGGGGGGCUGCGGGGCCGGACUGCGGGCGGCUGCGGGGACCGGCUGCGGCACGACACUCGCGCGGCUUCGGGGGCCGAGCUCCUUCCGCAGCCCGGGCGCUGCGCGGCCUGCGGGGAGACCCGGGGUCGGCCUGACCUCCGCCCCCGACCCCCCGCCCGCGCCUGACAGCCCGGCCGCUGGCACCCUGGGCCCCGAGUCAAGUUGGAGUCCCCAGUUAAACGAAGGCAAGAUCGGUGCUGGGGGAGGGGGUACCAGCAUUGAUUGUCGCUGCUGGGAGCAGAGGACAGUCCCCUCAAAGAAAAGCAGGCCCCAAGUGGUGCCGGAUCGAGGAGGAGGGAUGCCCAGCAAAGGGGCUGCCCCCCUGCUUUCUGGGCUCCGCUGUUGACCAGACACUUAAGGGAAAAGGUCACGGCCGGACACCUGGAUCGGGUCUGUCAUGUCCAGAGGAAGCGUCUGUGUUGCCAUCUGCUUGCUCUCCUGCCAUCUGGGUGCCCUGCCUGAGCCAACCUAUAGGCCAUGGAGAAUGAGCUGCCAAUCCCCCAUACAUCGAGUGGUGCCAGUGUUUCUAACAGUACCAGUGGGGUCAGUAGCAGCAGUGGCUGCACCAACAGCAGCAGUGGUGGAAGUGGCCGCUCCACGGGGCCCCAGAUUUCUGUCUACAGUGGCAUUCCUGACCGGCAGACCGUGCAGGUGAUCCAGCAGGCCCUGCACAGGCAGCCCAGCACCGCGGCUCAGUACCUGCAGCAGAUGUACGCCGCACAGCAGCAGCACCUCAUGCUGCAGACGGCAGCACUGCAGCAGCAGCACCUCAGCAGCGCCCAGCUACAGAGCCUGGCAGCCGUGCAGCAGGCAAGCCUGGUGGCCAACAGACAAGGGAGCACUUCAAGCAGCAAUGUUUCUGCACAGGCCCCAGCCCAGUCAUCGUCGAUCAAUCUGGCAGCCUCCCCAGCAGCAGCUCAGCUCAUCAACCGGGCUCAGAGUGUCAACUCAGCAACAGCCUCAGGCAUCGCCCAGCAGGCUGUGCUCUUGGGCAACACAUCUUCCCCAGCCCUGACUGCAAGUCAAGCUCAAAUGUAUCUAAGGGCGCAGAUGGCCCAGCCAGGUAACCUGGUGCAGGUAGCUAGGAGCCUAGGCGGCACUGUUCCUUUGUCCCCUCAGCUCAUCUUCACGCCCACGGCCACCGUCGCUACUGUGCAGCCUGAGCUCGGCACUGGCUCCCCCGCCCGGCCCCCCACCCCUGCCCAGGUACAGAAUUUGACCCUCCGAACACAGCAGACUCCAGCUGCAGCAGCCUCGGGCCCUACCCCCACUCAGCCUGUCCUGCCCAGCUUGGCCCUGAAGCCCACACCAUGUGGUAGCCAGCCUCUGCCUCCCCCAUCACAGGGCAGAAAUACUGCUCAGGGUUCCCCCGCAGGUGCCAAGCCUGGCAUAAAUGACAGUGUGAUGGAACCAUUCAAGAAAGGAGAUGGCAGCAGCAGUGUGCCAGGGAGCAUGGAGGGCCGGACUGGGCUCAGCCGAAUGGUGCCCACUGUGGCUACCCACCCCCUCAUUGCACCAGCAUAUGCUCCACUGCAGCCACACCAGCUCCUCUCAGCAUCCUCACAGCCAUCCUCGAAGCACCUGCAGCCACAGUUUGUGAUCCAGCAACAGCAACAAUCACAGCAGCCACCCCUACCACAACCAUCCCAACCAGUGCUCCAAGCCCAGGCCCACCCCCAGCUCCCUUCCGUCCCUCAGAGCUUGGCACUGCAACCUAACUCUGAAGCCCAUGCCAUGCCACUAGGUCCAGUUACAUCCCCCUUGCCUCUCCAGUGCCCCGCUGCAAAUCUGCACAAGUCUGGCACUACUCAGCAGUGUCACCCUCCCAUGCCAGAUGCUGGGCCUCACAAUGGAUAUCCUGAGGGCCUGUGCCACACUCCGCAGCGCAGGUUCCAGCAUGCCUCAGCUGUCAUCUUACAACUACAGCCUGCUUCACCAGUGCCCCAGCAGUGUUCCCCAGAUGACUGGAAGGAAAUGAUACCUAGGGAAAAGAGUGUGCCUGAGACUCGGCCUGGCCCAUCACCACAUCAGCAAGCCAUCAUCACUGCCCUCCCUAGUGGCCUGACCGUACCCAAGAGCCCUAACAUCCAGCAAUCCCCAACUCAUGAGACAGGGCAGGGCAUUGUUCAUGCACUGACCGACCUCAGCAGCCCCGGCAUGACCUCAGGGAACGGAAACUCUGCCUCCAGCAUCACCGGCACUGCCCCCCAGAAUGGUGAGAAUAAACCACCACAGGCCAUUGUGAAACCCCAAAUCCUGACGCAUGUUAUCGAAGGGUUUGUGAUCCAGGAGGGGGCGGAGCCUUUCCCGGUGGGACGUUCGUCCCUGCUGGUGGGGAAUCUCAAGAAGAAGUAUGCACAGGGGUUCUUGCCUGAGAAACUUCCACAGCAGGAUCAUACCACGACCACUGACUCCGAGAUGGAGGAGCCCUAUCUGCAAGAAUCCAAAGAGGAGGGUACUCCCCUCAAACUCAAGUGUGAACUCUGUGGCCGGGUGGAUUUUGCCUACAAGUUCAAGCGUUCCAAACGCUUCUGUUCCAUGGCUUGUGCAAAGAGGUACAAUGUGGGAUGCACCAAACGAGUCGGACUUUUUCACUCAGACCGGAGCAAACUGCAGAAGACAGGAGCCACGACCCACAACCGCCGUCGGGCCAGCAAGGCCAGUUUGCCAACACUCACUAAGGAUACGAAGAAGCAGCCAACAGGCACUGUACCCCUUUCAGUUACUGCUGCACUGCAGCUAACACACAGCCAGGAAGACUCUAGCCGUUGUUCAGAUAACUCAAGCUAUGAGGAACCCUUGUCACCCAUCUCAGCUAGCUCAUCCACCUCUCGCCGGCGACAAGGCCAGCGGGACCUGGAGCUUCCUGACAUGCACAUGCGGGACCUGGUGGGCAUGGGGCACCACUUCCUGCCAAGUGAGCCCACCAAAUGGAACGUAGAAGAUGUCUAUGAAUUCAUCCGCUCUCUGCCAGGCUGCCAGGAGAUCGCAGAGGAAUUCCGCGCCCAGGAAAUCGACGGGCAAGCUCUGCUGCUGCUCAAGGAGGACCAUCUGAUGAGCGCUAUGAACAUCAAACUGGGGCCUGCCCUGAAGAUCUAUGCUCGCAUCAGCAUGCUCAAGGACUCCUAGGGCUGACCAAGGCAGCCAGGAUUCUGGCUCAGCUCCUCCUCCCGACUGAGAGCCAGACAGACAUUCCUGAGGAGCCCAGACAUGGGGCCAGUCGGAGGGAAGGGGCUUUUUUCCCUGUGGGGCAUGGCUGGUGAGGAGGUCUCGGCACCUCCUCAGUGGCUCUCAGGGGCCUUUUUUUCUGUGGGAGGGGCAGAGAGGUAGGUGGCACAGAAGAUGGGGCUUUAUGCUUGUAAAUAUUGAUAGCACUGGCUUCCUCCAAAGUCCCAAUACUCUAGCUCCGCUAUUUUCCCCUCUCUCUGUCCCCCAUUUUCCAGGGGGUAUAUGGUCAGGGCUCCCUAACCCAAGUUGGGUUACUUCCAAGGGCAGCUGUCAGGCCUGGAUAGAGGCCUUUGGAAGCUCUUGCCUGCCUUCCUCCCACUUUCAUCAGGCCUGGAUAACUCUUCCGUUGCCAGCUUCUCCCCCUUCAGCCUGUUCACGAAGCAGCCAGGGGUUCAUCCCCUUCACCCUCUCUUGCAGGUGGAGAGAGAGAAGCUGGACCCAGUUUGGCCAUGCCUGCUGGCACAGACGCCUUAACGCUGUGUGUAUGACUGUAUGACUGUGUGGGAGCCUGGACUGACUGACAGGUCCAGAGCCACCCUCUGGCAUCUCCAGGUGUUUUGUAGCAAACAGCCACUUAGUGCUUUGUCCUGGACUCCACUCAGCCUCAGGAUGGGGAAUAGAAAAGUCAGGCUGCCUCAGUGCAGAGAGGCAAGGUCAGAGAGAGAUUUUGCUCAUCAGGCUUGUCAACGUGUUUCAGAUGCCCCUUCCCCGCACUGUGAACUCCCUGAUUGCCCUGCUGUGUCACAAACAGGAAGCUUCUGGAGCUCUGGGCCACAGAGGCCCAGGCCUACAUAUGGCAGGCCAAGCCUCCUGGUGGCCUGGCUUUCUGCCUGCCCUGGGGACCCUAGUGGUCAAACUCAGAGAACAUCUGAGAUGAGAGAAGAGCUGGAGUAACCACUGACAAGAAGAACGCAGCUUUUGGCCUCCCAGCUCUCAUUUCCAUACUUUGCCUCUUGAACUUGCUAGCAAUGAUUUGAGCUCCCUGCAAAAGAGGCAGGGCAGGAAGGGCGAGGGCCUGCCUUCAACUUAGCCCUAUCUGUAGGCUCCUGGGGGAAGAGUGGGACUCUCCCUGGGAAGAGUGUGGACACCUUUUCACCUUGUUCUAUUCCCUACUCAUACCCCCCUGGCAGGGUUGGAAAUGAAGGACUUUUUUAAUGUUUCAUUUUUUAAAAAUAAAAUCUUUAAAACCUGC